AUUGAAGAAAACAAAAACGAAGAAGCUUCUCCUCUUCCUCUGUCUUAUUUCCUUUUUUUGGAAAAACCCCUAAUCAAUUUAGAUGGGGAGAGGAAAAAUAGUUAUAAGAAGGAUCGAUAAUUCGACAAGCCGACAAGUAACUUUCUCAAAGAGAAGAAGUGGUUUACUUAAGAAGGCUAAAGAGUUAGCGAUCCUUUGUGAUGCUGAGGUUGGUGUUAUCAUCUUUUCUAGCACCGGAAAGCUCUACGACUACGCAAGCAAUUCAAGUAUGAAAAGUAUCAUUGAACGGUACAACAAAGUAAAAGAAGAGCAACAUCAACGACUGAAUCAUGCCUACGAGAUAAAGUUUUGGCAAAGAGAGGUUGCAAGUUUGCAGCAACAGCUCAAUUAUCUACAAGAAUGCCACAGGAAACUAAUUGGAGAAGAACUUUCUGGAAUGAAUGUUAAUGAUCUACAGAACCUUGAAGACCAGCUAGAAACAAGUCUAAAAGGUGUCCAUCUGAAAAAGGACCAACUUUUGACUGAUCAAAUAAGAGAACUCAAUCUUAAGGGACAUAUCAUCCAAAAAGAGAAUCAAGAGCUAAAUAGUAUGGUAGUUAUGAUGCGUAAAGAAAAUAUCAAACUGCAGAAGAAGAUUCAUGGAAGAAAAACUGCGAUUGAAGGCAAUUCAAGUGGAGAUCGUAUAAGCAAUGAAAACGAAACACAUGCACUACCGCAACUUCAACUCAUACAACUACAACCUCCUAGAGAAAAAUCAAUAAAACUAGGCAUAUGUCUGAAUAUUUGA